AUGGUGAAGAAGAUUUCGGACCUCAAUAAAAAAUUGAAAGUGAAGCGAAAGAAAAAUUCAAACAAGCCAGUAAAAUCAGAACUAGAUGAGAAGGAGUCGUCGUCAACGGACCCUGAUGAGUUGAAAUUCCUACGGUACUCCAUUAGCGAUCGUUACUCUGCUCAGAGGCAGCUAUUUCUCAAAGUGGAUAAGUCCAAUGAGUAUUCAUUAAUUGUGGGCAACGUCCCAGCAUAUUUGCCGAAGGGUGCUGUUGAAGGCUUCAUCAAGCAGUUUGUUCCAGUACCAAUCAGUGAAGUUGUUGUCCAAAGAAGUAAUGCUGUGGACGGAUCUCUCAAUCAUGGCCAGUUGACAGUCUCAGUGAGAUUUGAGGAUCCCGAAGGCGUCAGUAUAGCGCUCUCAAAAUGUCAGGAUGUCGGGCCUUAUAGAGUUUGUGACUUUGUUGAUCCGGAAAUCCCCUCAGUUCUGCAAAAUUCUGUGGCACUGUAUCGUAGUUUAUUCCCAUCUCCUGAGGACAUCCAGAAAUCUGCUUCAGCUUUUAUUGAAAAGCAGGAUGAAGAAGCUCAGGAGGCCAAACGAGCAGCUAAGCGGAAAUUUACUGAACCUGAUGAGGAAGGAUGGAUAACAGUUACAAAAGCUGCCAAGAGGGUAGGCCCUUUAUCUCUCCCUAUUGCUGUGUAUGAAUGGGUAUUGCUGAGCUUAAUGAAGUGA